AUAGAGAGACCGCGAGCCGCGUAACACCAUGCCUACACCCGCCCGCCUAAGAUGGCCACCGCCGUUAGCCUUAGGGUUUCUCUGUCCUCUCCACUCAGCUCUCUCUCCCUCCCCUCGUCCUCCUCGUCUCCUCUCCUUAGGGUUAGGGUUCGAGCUUGUGCGGCGAUGGCGGGCGUCGCCGUGACCCCGGCGGUGAUUGUAGGUGGCGGGAGGGUCGGGACGGCGCUGCGGGACUUGGGCGACGACCGGGACGUCAUCGUCGGGAGGGGCCAGCCGGUGCCGGCCGACUUUGACGGCCCCAUCCUCGUUUGCACCCGGAACGACGAUCUCGACGCGGUCCUCGAGGCCACCCCGCCAUCUCGAUGGAACGAUUUGGUGUUUUUCCAGAAUGGAAUGCUUGAGCCAUGGCUUGAAAGUAAAGGUUUAAGUGACGCAAACCAAGUGUUGGCUUAUUUUGCUAUCUCCAAACUUGGAGAAGCUCCAGUUGAUGGGAAAACUGAUACCAAUCCAGAAGGCUUGACGGCAGCAUAUGGUAAAUGGGCUUCAGCAGUAGCUACACGGCUCCAUAAUGGAGGCCUUUCUUGCAAGGUCCUUGAAAAGGAACCUUUUCAGAAACAAAUGCUAGAGAAAUUGAUAUGGAUCUCAGCUUUCAUGCUUGUUGGAGCUCGACAUCCAGGGGCUACGGUUGGUGCUGUGGAGAAGGAAUAUCGAUCUGAGGUUGCCAACCUGAUUGCGGAGCUAGCAUCUGCUGCAGCUGCAGAGAAGGGUAUAGUAUUUGAUGAAGGAAUAGAAGAGAGGCUUUGUGCUUAUUCUAGGGCUGUUUCACACUUUCCAACUGCUGUAAAAGAGUUCAAGUGGAGGAAUGGUUGGUUUUACUCACUGACAGAGAAGGCGCUCGCGCAAGGAGAGCCAGAUCCAUGCCCACUGCACACAGCUUGGCUCAAGGAACUGAAGGAGAAUCAGGCGAUAGAAAUCAGCAAGCAAACCCUGCUUUCCCCACUUUUGUCUCCUCAAAAACUCUGCUGUUCAGAUUUCAAGGGGUAGCAUGGAAAACAACAAUGUUUAGAAGUUGAAGGACCCCUCCAACUUCUUUUAUCUUUCAAUCAAAAGAAAAAAAAAAGAAAAAAAAGAAAAAGAAGUUGAAGGGCACGAUAAACUCUCCGCAGCUCAGGCAAAACAAUUGUAGAAUAUCCAUUUGCUUUCAUAUUUCCCGGAAAUUUGAAUAUAUUCUAGAAGAAAGAAAUUAAAACCA